CCUAUUGCACUGACUAACGUAGGCUAGGUAGCCAAGCUAACUGUAGCUCGCUAACAAGUUACCGGACCAAAAGUCGUAGAGAUUACAUCUUGCUUCAUAUAAAGUUAAAGGAAUAGAAACAAAACUGGUUAUGGGGUGAUCUAACUUGUAAUUGAAAUGACUUUGUUCACCACUGCGCAUGUCAUAGCUAGUUACUUAGCAAGGAAGCUAGCUAGUUACAUUAACUAGCUGUCUGCUGACAGGUUCGCAUUCGGUAUGAAACAGGCUUGCUCGCUAACAUUAUCUAGCGAGGUGCACAACAAGGUACAUAGUUAUAACGUUCUAGUUACCGAAUGAAUUUGCGUUCCAUAGGUUUAAGUAUCUAAGUUGCCAUUCAAAAUGUAAUAGAAAACAAAACUCAAAGGGAACAGCUUUCGAAAUGUACCUUUCUAGGGGCAGAUUUUCAGCCAGGUCGAAAAAGCAGCUUCCUUUCUCCUGCUGAAAGGGGCGUGGCUGUUGAUGCAAAGAUAAUUGAAUAUUCAUAAGGUGGCGCGUUGUCAUUGGCUGAAUGAGGCUGAAAAAAUCAGAGGCAGAAUUUAAAUGCACGCGAUGUAUGUUGGAUGGUCAUGGAUCUAUAGGAUCAUCGGAGGAUCCCUAAAGUGAGGAUACAUUUGAUGUUUACGACCUUUGGAAAUCGAGGCACCAUGCACUUAGGGUUGUGUCUGAGGGUGCUGAUACUGGUUGCUCUCACAGUUCCCAUCAGAGCAGCUCAACCUGCCCAGGAGACAUUCACCUUAACUGUCCCUAAUGGUCCAACCUCGACCCUGUCUGGCUCCUCUGUCUCUCUACUCUGUCAAGUUUCACCUUUCCUCAAUGCUGAGCCAUUGGAGGUGCGCUGGUAUCAUUCCAGUAACAUUCACAGUCCUGCCUUGUUGUACAAAGAUCACAAGAUCCAGGAGGCCCCUGUGGACCCCCGGUACAGGGGCCGGGUGUCUCUGACUGGGGGGAUGGAGAGAGGGAACGUUUCCCUGACACUGGAGAGGGUCACACUGGAAGACAGGGGGGAGUAUGUGUGCCAAGUCAGCAGUGAACAGUGGUAUGAAAAGGCCAGUGUCUUCCUCACAGUGAAUGUAACAGGUAGAGAACCAGUUCUCUCUGUAGCUGAAGCAAGAGGAGGAGGAGGUCAGGUGAACGUUACCUGUUCAUCAGAGGGAUGGUCACCACAACCUAAACUCAUCUGGAGAAACAAAGAUGGAGCAGAGAUCAGAAAUGAACAAGAAGUGCUCAACACUUCUGAUCCCCAGGGCUUGGUGAGUGUCAGUAGUUGGCUGCUGUAUGCUUCCUCAUACUCCGAUUGGCUCGCCUGUACAGUCUCUCUGUCUGAGGAGGCGAAGAGAGAGGGCAGAAUUCUGCCACAUAUAUACACAGCUCCUACAGCUGUACCUGGAGUCUACAAAGAGGCCUUCAUUGUGACUCUGAUCCUGUCUCUGGUCAUCAUCUGUGCUCUGUGCUCUGUCAUCCUGUGCAAACGAAGAGGGUCCAUGUGGUCUUCAUCCCAAAAGUCCAGAAACCGUUCCGAGACAGAAAAACUAAUUGAAGGGGCAGAAAACACAGUGCAGACACCUAUUGAACAGAGAGCAGCUGGUGAAGAAUUCAAUCUGGAAGGGGCAGAAAACACAGUGCAGACACCUACUGAACAGAGUGCAGCUGGAAAUGAUGUUCAUCUGGAAGGGGCAGAAAACACAGUGCAGACACCUACUGAACAGAGAGCAGCUGGAAAAGAUGUUCAUCUGGAAGGGGCAGAAAACACAGUGCAGACACCUACUGAACAGAGAGCAGCUGGAAAUGAUGUUCAUCUGGAAGGGGCAGAAAACACAGUGCAGACACCUACUGAACAGAGAGCAGCUGGAAAAGAUGUUCAUCUGGAAGGGGCAGAAAACACAGUGCAGACACCUACUGAACAGAGAGCAGCUGGAAAUGAUGUUCAUCUGGAAGGGGCAGAAAACACAGUGCAGACACCGACUGAACAGAGAGCAGCUGGUGAAGAACUUAAUCUGAAAGAUUGGCACCAGGUGAAAGGAUUCAAAGAGAACAUCAUUCUGGAUGAAAAGACGGCGCACCCUGCUAUUAGAGUCACUCAGGGAAAGCAGCGGGCUCAUUACGUUCAAGAAAAAGACACAGAGAAACCCUCUAGAACGCAUCUCCAUGUGUUUUCUGAGGAGAGAUUCAGUUCAGGACAACACUACUGGGAAGUGAAGGUAAAGGAACAAACAACAGAAAAACUGUCAUGGUAUGUUGGUGUGGCCAGAGCAAAUGUUGAGAGAAGAUGUAAUGUUCCUUUAACUCCACAGAAUGGAUUUUGGAUUCUUUCUUAUGAUAAAGAAAAAGGUUUCCAAGUCAAUACUGACCCUCAACCACCAAUAACUGUGGCAGAGCUCACUAUUGUGGGAGUGUUUCUAGACUGUGACAGACACACCCUGUCUUUUUAUAGUGUUGAUACAGAGUCACUUCUUUACACUUUUACUGAUGUGAAGAGAUCCAACUACUUUCCUCUGUUCAGCCCGGGACGAUGUGACAAAAUCCCAAUUAAAAUCAAUUGAAUGCAUACCAAAACCCCUUUCACCCCAGUGAGCCAAGUCGAGCUGAACUGCGCUGGCCUGGUUAGUAUAGGUUGGGUCAGCACGAUAGUGUGAAAAGGGUCUGAGAUGCAGGUGAAAUUCAUGUCAAAUAAGACAUGCAUUAUUCACAUUUUGUGUUAUUCAGUGAUACCAAGUUGAGUGUCUUUUUCCCAAAACGUUUUCAGACGCCACAAGAAAAAGAGAGCACUAGUAAUGGUUUAUUUUGGUAGGCAGUAACUCCGCCAUGGUUUGUUGAACAAACCCUCUGGGAAAUGAAUGGCGUUUUGGUUGGGUUUUUGGAUAAACGUUGAAAAUAAGGCCUGUGGUAAAUGCAGGUUUAGGAGCUAAUCUUCAUCAGCUAAUCAGAAAAAACACAAAGGCUUAAUUCAUAACUUCUAAUAGGAACGCUAUCUCAGAUCAAAAUGUAUAACAUCUCCUAAACCUGUGUUAACCUCAGAUGUUAUUUUCUGCAUUUAUCCCAAAACUCUUUUCUUUCCCCCUAAGAAUGGCUGAACGAACCAAAACUUAAACAUACAAAUCUAUUAGGACUACAAGCUGGCGAGUUUUAUAAAACUUUUACUUUUUUUCUAACUGUAGCUAGAUUAUGAAUAUAUAUAUACUGUGAAGCUACUGUUGUGCAAGUUAGCAAAACACUUUGCAUCCUUGAAUUCUGUUCAAAUGUUGUCCCAAUUAAUAAAUUACUGUAAUCUGUUGAUAAAAUGUUGUUUUUGAAUGUACUGAACAAAAAUAUAAAUGUAACAAUUUCAAAGAUUUUACUUAGUUACAGUUCAUAUAAGGAAAUAAAUCAAUUGAAAUACAUUCAUUAGGCCCUAAUCUAGGUAUUUAGGUCAGAUACCUAGGGGCGUGAUUCAGAAAAUCUGUCAGUAUCUGGGGUGACCACCAUUUGCCUCAUGCAGCGCGACAAAUCUUCUUUGCAUAGAGUUGAUCAGGCUGUUGAUUGUGGCUUGAUCCCACUCCUCUUCAAUGGCACAAUGGCAGUACAAAGUUGCUGGAUAUUGGCGGGAACUGGAACACGCUGUCGUCGAUCCAGAGCAUCCCAAACAGGCUCAAUGGGUCACAUGUCUGGUAUGUAAACCAUGGAAGAACUGGGACAAGAUCCUGAGGCACAUUGUAGUGCAAUUCGUUCAAUUCAGUACUAUUCAUCCCCCUCCAUCACCUUGUUUCAGCAUGAUAAUGCACGUGGCAAAGAUCUGUACACAAUUCUUGGAAGCUGAAAAUGUCCCACUUCUUCCAUAUCGCUUUGGAUAAAAGCAUCUGCUAAAUGGCAUACAUAUUACUCUAAAAAAAAUUAAGGAUGGUCCAACCUCUUUCCCUCUUGGGUGCACAGCCAAUAUUGAACCUGACUUCAACUUUCCUCAAAAUGCUAUGCUGCAGGAUAACACAUACUCGAAAGUGCUUUUUAAGAUCUGUCAAAAAAAUAAAUAAAUAAAAAAAAUAUAUAUAUAUAUAUAUUAUUCAUUUUUCCAUGUUCCUCAGUGUUUUCACACUUUUUUAAUAGAAAAAAACUAUUUGAUUUUCUGUAUUCACAACAAUGCUUAAACCAUAUCAGGGGACCACUUGAGAUCUGGGAAAAAUCUAAGAAACUUAGAUUGUUUACUGUAGUUUUCCUUUAAUGCCCCUUUAAUGCCCCUUUAAUGCAUGUUCAGCUGAAGGUAAGAACAGCUCCUACUUUCUUUUGAGACUUUUUCAAAUCAUAAUCACACACCUCAUGUGGCCUUGUCACGUUCUGACCUUUAUUUCCUGUGUUUUGUAUUUAGUUAGUAUGGUCAGGGCGAGAGUUGGGUGGGCAGUCUAUGUUUGUUUUUCUAUGAUUUGGGUAUUUCUAUGUUU